AUGGCGUCCACAUUUUUCCCCUCUCAACUCAUCCACGCCCACCUUCCCGCUCCUUCCUCCGGUCCGCUAGCCAUUCCCGAGCUACGCAUACCAACCGAACGCCCCUAUCCUACCGGCUCCAAAAUCUAUACGGAGCCCCUUCAUUCCAAUCACGCGGUAUCAUCCGUCCGGGACCCGUCGACCGGUAUUCUCGCGCGGUCAAUACGGAACGGCUAUGCUCUGGAACUACGGACGCUCAAUCCGGUAGUGGCGAAGGACAGGUGGAGAGAGGCAGCAGGGAGCGAGGUCGUGAGGAUCAGCUUCCCGGACCGACUCCUACCCCUCACGGACGGCUGUGUUUCGCUUUCGACAAGCGAGAACAAGCUCUUCGUGAUUGUCGUAACAGAAACUACGGUGGUCUACCGGCUCAGCUUCCCGCUUGGAAGCUUUCGGCCGGGCAAGGGGGAUCGAUUCGCAUUCUCGACAAAGAAGGAUGAGUGGUGUGAGGAGUACGAGGUGCCGGAUGAGGUGAUUGCCGCUUCUACAGGGGUGGGAUCCUGGAUCGUGCUGGACGAGCAGACGGUGGUGUUGGGCGGUACGGAUGGUGGGAUCGUCAGAUUGGCAAGAACAGGGCAGGAUGGUUCAGUGUUCUGGACGGCGGCGCAUUAUCGCCCAACCACCAAGUUCCGCCUGCCCUCCCUCUUCUCGCGUUCGCAGCAGGACGAGGAGGUCGUCUCUUUCGCUAGACAUGCGGGAGAAGGCGGCUCCGUCCUGUAUGGCCUAUCGCGAAAUCGUCGGCUACGCACAUGGCAUGUCGAGACCGGGACAUGCCUUCGGACGCUCGAUGUUCGGCCGUCCACCUCGACUGAGCUUGUGCAGUACAACGAGUCGACUCCCCCUCGGAACGCUUCCUCCUCCACCUCUCUCCUUGAGGGUGUGGCACAGAUCAAAGUCAUCCGCCAUCCCUCCUCCUCAUCGCGCUACUCGCAUCUCGUCAUCGCCUACUACCCCACCCCACACAGCCCCUCAUCGGCCGGUUCCUUUGUCGUCUACCGCGGGUCAGACUCGACCGGCUCUACGGAUCUCAUCCAAGCCGGUGCGCGGUCCUGCUCGUCCGCAUCGGCCGGAGCAGAGAUGCGCGGCUUCGAGGUACUGCCUCCUUAUGUCCGGGAAGGGAUGAAUACUGGCUGGCGGAUGCAAGUGGCUUGGGAGAGCAAGGGCGGGCUCCAGGUGGAGACAGUGGCGAUGGACGAUAUCUUCCAGUUCACCACCACGUACCUCGACCACCCCUCCUCCUUCCUCCUCACCGAAUGGCAACAGGCCUCAGAAUGUACCGACGCGGACCAAUUCGACGCAGCCUACUUUGACAAUCUGCUCGGUCCCGAUGCCCCAGAUCCGGCCAAUCCCAACGAGAACUCGGACAUCACCAUCACCUUUAUCGACCACCUCUUCUACCCCGGUCGCUUUUCCAUCCUUACCCUAUCCGCUGCGCUCGAGGAGUAUAUCCAAAGCCUCUCCAGGCAUGGCGUAACCCACAUCGUCACCACCGCCAACGGCCUACCGACCCUGCAGCGCCGCUUCGCCUCCAUCGUCGGCUGCCACCUCCAGGUGGAGAUGGAUCUACAGACGGGCGCCCCGGUCGUCGAGGCGUAUCGGAAUGAUCUGAAGCUGGACUGGCUGGGGAUUUGGGCGCGGGUCCGAGACCUGGACAAGCAGGGCCGGUGGGCGGUCCACACCGCUGUCGUCGACAGGCAGGUGUACGUCCUCACUCGCGAGGGCGUCUCAAGCACGGCUGUUCAGGACGUCACUGGAGUGAUCGCCAAGUUUGCCAAGUCGUCCGAGACUGUGGCGGACUUCCGGGCACUGCCAGAAGGGGCCAUGCGGCAUCUCUACCCCGGCCUCGCCGCUCCCAAAGCGAGGUCUGGCGCCGUGGCUUUGUCCAGUGCAGGAGCCUUCAUCGCCUCCACGCUGUCCGGCGCAUCGGCGGAGGACGGUCUCGCCAACGCGCUCGAAGACGUCACUUUCGCCAUGAAGUCGAUGUUUGCGGGUGGGAUCCAGCAGCCCAUCGAGAUGCUCGCUGGGGAAAUGUGGGACGAGGCUAUCGAACCUUACCUUUCGGACGAGGACCGGACCACUAUUCGGCGCCUCCUCUCGGAGUGCCUUGACGUCCGACGAGCACUCCGCGAGGCGCUAGCCAUGUUGACCAGGACCCUCUCCCUUCCCUCCACCGCUCCAUCACUCAGUGACUCCUUCUCCGGCUUUGGAAACGCCCUCAUCACCGCCUCGAUCGCCGCUACCAUCUCGGACCGGUAUACCGCCUCGCUCGAUACCCUCUUUGUCGCGCUCUUCCACCUCUCGGAGUCAGCGGACGUCACGGCGGAAGAUGACGAAGCCGAGGACUUUAUCGAGAUCCUCAACCAGGCGUUUGUGGUGUAUCACCGAUAUGCCGUUCUCAAAUGGGCCACAGGCCAGACAGCGGACGAGGCCGUUGAGGUAUCCAGGCAGAAGGGGAGCACAAAGAGAAAGGCGGCGGCGGGAGACGAUGUCCUUGCGGAGGGACUAGGCGGGCUUCAGGUCGGGGAUGACGAGGGAGCCAACGACGGGUUCGACGCGUCGUACUCGCUCCUCCACUCCCUCUUGGACGGGCAGCGCAGACAGCCCGUCCCGCUCGGCUCGAUCGAUGUGGUCGCCCAAGCGGCGGAAUUACUCGUCGCUACCUCGGGCUUAGUCAGUGAUGAUAUCACCGAGGUCGACCCGUCUACCCUGGACGUCGGCUUUGGCUAUUCUAUCCUCGCGACCGGUCUGCCGCUUCUGGCAGGGCGGUUUGCGGAUCUGUACCCCCUCUCGGCGGGUAUGGCUUAUAUUCGAGGACGAGCGUCUAUGGAGGCUGGGUUCGUUGGGCAGGCAGUCAGGAGCUUUGAGCAGGCUUCAGUGGGGUGCAAGGACGGCUCCAUCUCGCAGAUCCUGCCGAGCUGCGCCGACCCCACCGGUCUCUCCGACUUCUACCGCCACAUCGCCACCCUCUUUGCCGAACAUGCGCACAACGGUCCCGUCGUCCACUUUGGCCAGCUCGCCCUUCUCUCCUUACCGAAAGAUACCUCCGCGCCAAGACCAUUAUGGACGAUCGUAUUUCUCGCCUACAUCGGGUUGGGGCAGUACGAGGACGCCUAUGCGCUGCUCAUGAAGACUCCUUUCCUGGACCUUCAACGCGACUUCCUCGGCCAACUCAUCUCGGUGAUGUGCGAAUCCAACGAGGUCGGGCGGCUAAAUCAGCUCGGGUUCGUCGGGAUGCAGAAAGACGUCGAGGGUCUUUUGAGCUACAAGGCGAGAAACUCCGACCCGCUCCGGUUCCCGAAUUACUACAAGGUGCUGUAUUCGUGGUAUAUCUCUCGAGGGGAUUAUCGGAGUGCCGGGGAUAUCAUGUAUCAACAAGGCCGACGAUUUGGGGAUAGCUCAACCACCAAGAUCUCGGCAUUUGAGCUGGCAGCGAUGCAGGCGCGGAGUUAUCUGGCAGCUAUCAAUGCGUUGAAGUUGGUCGAGAAGCGGAAUGCCUGGUUGUCACUGCCUGGACCACCGCCUAGAGCUCUCCGCGGAGCUAAGCGAAAGAGGAUCUCCUCCUACGUACCCGAGGAAGAGUUCAGCCAGGACAAGCGCCCGAUCAUGAUCAUCACCCUGGAGGAUAUCGAGAUGGAGUAUGCGCUAGUGUUGUCUCGUCUGAGACUGUCGAGUCAUAUUCAGGAUUUGCACGAACACGGUAUCUCGGUCUCGCCUGAAGAAGUCGUCGGUCUGCUGGUACAGCGGAACAUGUUCGACUUGGCUUUGUCUGCUGCUUCUACCAUGGACGUGGAUAUGACCAGUAUCUUCGUCUCGGUAGCUACGAAAUGCGUCGAGCUUUCGCGCGUCUCCGAUAUCAGAGGCGAUGACAUCUCGGCCGCAUGGCUACACACCAGCCCGCUGACCUCCCGCCUACGCGGCUCCCCCUCGGCCCUCGCGCAGCGAUACCUCCAAACCACUCUCUCGCAGCACGAUACCGCCAAGACCCACUUCGCCUACCGCCAAGCCGUGACCAACACCUUCUUCGAGCUGAACGCCGACAAGAAUACGGGGUGGCAAAUGCCGGCGUGGCUGGUCGAGUGGGAGAUGGAGAGGGAUGCGGAAGGCUGGAUAUCUAGCGCGCUGAGGUAUGGUUGGGUGGAGGAGGCUGUGGACUGGGCGGCGGAGGUGCUGAGAAGAGCUGUACCGCCAGCAUUGCUCUCGAAAAAGCCAGACUCGGCUAAUGUGCCGUACAACCUCAUUGAUCGUGUCAUCGCCGCGGCAGGGGAAGGGGAUGAGAAGGAUGAUAAGAAGGUGCAGGUGAGGGUCAAGGCGUUGAGGGAGGCGGUGGCGAGGCGGACGGCGGGGCUGAAGAAGCUGGAAGGGCGGUGA